AAAUUAAUGACCACUGCUGAAGAUAAUUAAGAUAGACCAACUGAAUACGGAUAGAAGAUGAUAGAUCCAUCUUCAUCUGAAGAAGAUAGUGAUGAAGAACACGGAUCCGGCCACCAUGUUGGACACCAUCCACCAUCACACCACCAGCACCACCCAUCAAGCCACACACACCCUGCAGAAUCAUCGCCAUACCACCAAUCCCACCACAGCUCGGAAUUGGGCAGCGGCAACUUGGAGGUGCCGUUGCCCAAUGCCAGCGCAGCCCAACGCUCGUUAUCACCGUCUAGUGCCGUUUCUGCUGAAACGCUCAGCCACAGCAUGGGUUCUUCCAGGGCAAACUCUCUACCUCGGCCGACAAGUCCCUCGCCGUCAGUGGCCUCAGAAAAGACCGAGGUAGACUUGCAGGAGAAGCAGGAGAGGGAGGAAGAAGAAAGGAAGAGGAGGAUACAGCUCUACGUGUUCAUCUCGCGCUGCAUAGCCUACCCUUUCAACGCCAAACAGCCCACAGACAUGACCAGGCGGCAAACGAAGAUCACCAAACACCAGCUGGAAAGCAUCGUCAAUAGGUUUCAAUGUUUUUUGAAAGGAGAAACUCAAAUAAUGGCCGACGAAGCCUUCCAAAAUGCCGUACAAAAUUAUUAUGAUGUUUUUUUGAAAUCUGAAAGAGUCCUCAAGAUGGUCCAAUCUGGUGCCUGUUCGCAGUAUGAUUUCAGGGAAAUCUUUAGGAAUAAUAUAGAAAAACGAGUAAGGUCUCUACCAGAAAUGGAAGGCCUUAGCAAAGAAACUGUGUUCACUUCCUGGAUGGCAAAGUUCGACUGUAUAUUGAAAGUAACCGAUGAAGAUUCGAAAAGGCCGUCUAGAAUGCAACAAAACCUCAAUUCCGAGUUAAUUUUAUCAAAAGAGCAACUCUACGACAUGUUUCAACAAAUUCUCGGCGUGAAAAAAUUCGAACACCAGUUGCUAUUCAACGCACUACUCCUCGAUUCUGCUGACGAACAGGCAGCUGCGAUAAGAAGAGAAUUGGAUGGAAGAAUGCAAAAAGUCGCUGAAAUGGAGAAGAACCGGAAAUUAAUGCCGAAGUUCGUAUUGAAAGAAAUGGAGUCUCUCUACAUAGAAGAACUAAAAUCAUCAAUAAAUUUAUUGAUGGCGAAUUUGGAGUCGCUGCCUGUUUCGAAAGGAUCGAUGGAUUCCAAAUAUGGGUUGCAAAAACUAAAACGCUAUAAUCACAGAUCGCAAGGAUCUUUAGCGAAACUGGAAGGAGAUUCCGCAGAUAGUGAUACGCAACUAACUAAAUUAGAUGUAGUCUUGACGUUUCAACUCGAGGUGAUAGUUAUGGAAGUGAGAGGAUUGAAAUCGUUAUCACCAAAUAGGAUAGUAUAUUGUACCAUGGAAGUUGAGAAUGGAGAAAAGUUGCAAACAGAUCAAGCAGAAGCCUCAAAACCAAUGUGGGAUACACAAGGAGACUUUUGUACAACUCAUCCAUUACCGUUUGUGAAAGUGAAAUUAUACACCGAAAAUCCAGCAAUGCUAGCAUUAGAAGAUAAAGAACUAGGGAAAGUCACACUGAAGCCUACCCCCUUAUCAUCGAAGGCACCUGAGUGGCACAAGAUGGUGGUUCCAAAAAAUCUCCCAGACCAAGAGCUAAGGAUAAAAAUCGCCUGCAGAAUGGACAAACCCUUGAACAUGAAACACUGCGGAUACCUCUAUGCGCUCGGCAAGAGUGUGUGGAAAAAAUGGAAGAAGAGGUACUACGUCCUCGUUCAAGUAUCCCAAUACACCUUCGCGAUGUGUAGUUACAAAGAGAAGAAGUCUGAACCCUCGGAGAUGAUGCAGCUGGACGGAUACACUGUCGACUACAUCGAGGCAUCGAGUGCUAACCUGAUGGUUGGAAUGGGUAAGCACCUGGAAGGCGGCAGAUAUUUUUUCAAUGCUGUGAAGGAGGGGGACAGUAUAAUAUACGCCAGCGACGAUGAGAACGAAUGUCAUCUGUGGGUGAUGGCUAUGUAUCGAGCAACUGGUCAGUCACACAAGCCCACACCUCCAUUGACUCUCCAAGAUAAGAAUUCCACCAUAUCGAAGAUCCAAGGAGAUGCUGAUAGAGCUAGGAAGCACGGGAUGGAAGAUUUCAUAUCAGCGGAUCCUUGCCAGUUCGAUCAUGCAUCUUUGUUUAAGCUGUUGCAAAAUUUUACAUUGGAGUACAGGCUCAAUGACCCAUACUGUUCUUUGGGUUGGUUCAGUCCUGGCCAGGUUUUCGUUUUGGACGAAUAUUGUGCCAGAUACGGCGUGAGAGGAUGUUAUAGGCAUUUAUGUUACUUAUCGGACCUCUUAGAUAGGGCCGAGAAGAAUUUGAUGAUAGACCCUACGUUGAUUCAUUAUAGUUUUGCGUUUUGCGCUAGUCAUGUCCACGGAAACAGACCUGACGGCGUGGGAAGUGUCACUCAUGAGGAGAAGGAGAAGUUUCAAGAAGUCAAAGAGCGCUUGCGUAUAUUGUUAGAGAAUCAAAUAACUAAUUUCAGGUAUUGUUUUCCGUUCGGUAGACCAGAAGGUGCUUUAAAAGCCACUCUUUCGUUAUUGGAAAGAGUUUUAAUGAAAGAUAUUGUCACACCAGUGCCUCCAGAAGAAGUCCGUGGGAUGAUUAAAAAGUGUUUGGAAACUGCGGCCUUAGUAAACUACACUCGUCUAUCAUCUGAAGCCAAAAUCGAAGAAGAUUUGAGAGGUGAGACGAUGGUUUCGCCAAGCAAAAAGCUGGACGACCUCAUACACUUAGCGGAACUCUGUGUCGAUCUUUUGCAGCAAAAUGAGGAGCACUAUGCAGAGGCCUUUGCGUGGUUCAGCGACUUACUGGUUGAACACGCUGAAAUAUUUUGGUCUUUAUUUGCUGUCGACAUGGACAGAGUCCUCGCAGAGCAACCAGCCGACACGUGGGACUCUUUUCCGUUAUUUCAAAUUCUCAACGACUAUCUCAGAGCUGACGAUAAUCUGAAGAAUGGCAGGUUUCAUCAACAUCUCCGAGACACGUUCGCACCUUUGGUGGUUCGUUACGUAGAUUUGAUGGAAUCGUCUAUAGCGCAGUCUAUACACAAAGGUUUCGAAAAGGAACGAUGGGAAAUAAAAGGAAUGGGCUGUGCGACUUCGGAAGACCUCUUCUGGAAAUUGGACGCCCUCCAGUCUUUCAUAAGGGACUUGCAUUGGCCAGAUGCGGAGUUCAGACAACAUUUGGAGCAGCGCUUGAAGCUGAUGGCUUGCGACAUGAUGGAAUCCUGCAUACAAAGGACCGAGUCCGCUUUCCAUCAGUGGUUGAAGAAGUCCGUUACGUUCAUUUCCACCGAUUACAUAAUACCAUCAGAGAUUUGCGCUAUGGUCAAUGUCAUCCUGGACGCGAAGAAUCAAUCUCUUAAAUUAUGCGCGGUUGAUGGAAUAGAUUUGCACCAAUAUCACACGAAAAUAGACGAUAUGAUCGAAAAAACGAAUGCCAAUAUCGUUCAAGGUUUGAUUAGCAAGAUGAUGUCUGUUCUGGAAGGUACUCUAUCCAAGUUAUCGAGAUACGACGAGGGAAGCCUAAUAGGUUCAAUUUUGAGCUUCACGAACGUUUCCGGGUCUGGUAAAGACAUGGGACAAGGUUAUGUGAAUUUCACGCGCAACUGCAUGGAACAAAUCAGGCAGAAAAUAACAGAUGAACUGUGGAUUCUAACGUUCUUCGAACAGUGGUACACCAGCCAAAUAAAUAUGCUCUGUAACUGGCUAUCAGAAAGAUUAGAUCAUUCGUUGCAUCCCUAUCAAUGUACGUGCCUUGUUCAUAUCAUUAAGAAAAUAUACUCCGAUUUCGAACUUCAAGGCGUCAUGGAGGAUAAGCUGAAUUCCAAAGCUUAUCAGACGAUAGCUCAGAGAAUGCAAACGGAAGAGGCUACCUGUGCUCUCACCAUGGGACAAGCAGAAGGGGAAGUAGAUGGACUAGACGAAGAAAAGGAAGAAAGCAGAGGCAAGAUGAAGGUGACAAUAAUGGAAAGCUUGAGUGGCGAAGACGGCAACUUCGUCUCUAACGUUGGAACGAUGAUUGGAGGAAAAGUAGGAAAUAUUUUCGGUAAAGGGCUAGGCGGGAUUGGUUCCAAGUUGGGGGGAGGCACGGGUAGUUGGUUUUGAAUUUUUGUGUUACGAUACUGAGUUUGGUGAUGUCAGUCCCUUCAUGUAUAAUAUCAUGGGGUAAUUGAAGUUAUGUAAAUAACGUUUUUUUAUUGAUCAAGAUAUCACUUAGAGUAAGUUUGACAUGUUAAAGUUGUUAUCUAAUGAUGAUUAUGAAACAUUUGAAACAUUUUCAAUGGAAAAAUACACCUUUAGUGUCCGUAACGAAAACUCAAUACAUUGAUAAGGGACCAGAAAAACCUUGUAAAAAAUUAACCAGUGAUGUGGUCAUCAAGUAUUUGUUUGUUGAAUUUAGAUUUUUCAGUUAUAGUAGAGUUGACUCCCUAUUUGAUUGUGUAAAUAUUGGACAAAUAGUGCCGAAUUAUUCAAAUGUUUCUGAAUCAAGAUCUAAAUUUUUUAAAAUGAAGCCUAAUAUUUGCAUUUUUUGUCCAUUUAUAUUUAUUAGUAGAACUGGAGAGUAUUAUCAGUUAAUUCACAAGUUCUCCAUCAUUAUCUUCAGAAUUUUAUUCACCCUUUUUAUAUAACCCAUGAAAGACCUAUUAUUCACACUUCCUCUUAGUAAUUGCACUGGAUAUAUGAAACAAGUAUGAAUUCCUUUGAGUCAAGACAUUUUUCAUUUGAAAUUACGUUCCAUGUUAUAUUAUGGGUUGUUUUGAAAGGUAAGGGGCAACAGUUUCUAAUUAUCAAAAUAAACAAUAUUACCAAAAAUCGAUCAUGUUGCAGUCCUGGCCACAAAAAUAGUAAUGUAAUCGCUAUAGGGUGCAAAAAUAAUUUUAUCGUGACACUUUAUUUUGCGCUAAACACAAACUGAAACACCUUCAAUCAGAGAUCAACAUCAGAUUUGCAAUGAGAAUUAAUGGAAUUCUCAAUUGUUAAUAACUCUAAUCAUUUGCAAUUUUUUAACAGGCGAUUUCCGGUGAUAUAGUUCAUUCUGAUGGUUAAAAAAUACACUUCACUUUUGGAAACAACUUGUAUAUUCAUCAAAUAUUUCAUUCACAUUUUCAAAACAUCCAAGACAUGAUUGAAACAUUUCAAAAUCAUCGUAUACCCCCACCAUAUUAUUUUGGAAUAUUCAAACGCAAAAAGCAACAUUAUGCCAGGGACGAAUAUCUGUAAAUAUUCACCAAGCAAUAAAAUGAGCAUAAUUAAAGAACCAUUUCGAGGGUACGGCGUCUCAGGAAGAUAUUGAAGUAGAGUCUUUCCAUUCCGAAGUCAAUUUAAGCAGCGCCAGCAACCCAGACAGUAUUAGAUAUUCCAUGAAUAUUCAUAAUAUAUCAUUUUUGGAUAUUGAGAGUAUUCAUGAACAUAUCUUCCACAGAAUAUUUCCUGAAUGUUCUGGUGGCGAAGAAUGUAUAUAUUCCUAGAAUAUUUCCUAUAUAUUCAGAAUGUACCUUUAAUAUUCUGGAAAUAUUCAGAUAAUAUUCGGAAUAUUCCAGGGAUAGUAC